AUGACUAGGGAUACUAUUCUAUGUGGCGAUUUCAACGCUCGGUUGGGUUCUCUCACUGGCGAUGCUAUCUCUAAUGCUCGUGGUAAUGCUCUUAAACCUUGGUUUGAUGAACAUUGCUUGUCCGUGCUCAAUGCGUCUUUGGCUUUUGGUGUUACGACGUACUCUUCUUUUCGGCAGCAGCAAGAAUUGAGUAGUAUCAUUGAUUUGUUUUUGACAAAUAUUGGUGAUGUUGCUUUGGUGAAUCCUCAACUGGUGGUUGAGUCUGAUCUGUCUCUUGGUUCUGACCAUCGAUUGAUGUCACUUACUUUCGGGUAUGUGCCACCUCUUGAUGACACUGUGGCUCCUGGUGAUUCUGUUCUGGCUCCUCGGCGUCAAUGGAAGCUCUCGAAAUUGACGAAAGAGAAGCCCUUGGGCUUACUCCGCGAAUCCUUUCGAUCUUCUGUUGCACCUCUGGUUGAUUCUCUUUCUGAUUUGGUGUCUGCUCCUCCUGGUGUUCGUCCAGAUAUUGAUGCACUCAACGAUUCUCUGAAUCAAUGUUUGUAUGAAUCUCUGGAUAGUUCUAUUGGUGUGAAAUCUGGCCGUCCUGGCCAUUGGAAGAAGUACUGGACGCAAGAAAUUCAGGAUGCUGCUACUGCACGUGAUCACUCUUAUAGUCAAUGGAGGCAUGCCUUUGGUAUUGUCAAAGUUGAAAAAUGGUCCUUAUACAAAGUUGCGCAUCGCAAGUUUCGCUCCCUGGUGCAAGCUGCAAAGCGAAGGUCCUGGAAACAGUUCUGUGGUAUUCUAGAAAAGGAUUUCUCAAAAGCUACUGCUGCUAUCAAGCGCAUCAAGCGUAACAAAGAGUCUUCUGCUACCUACAGUCAUCCCGACGGUCCUGCUGCUUCUGUUUCUGCUAUGGGUUCUCAUCUCGCUUCAGUGUAUGAUGGCUCUCUGCUUGCCACUGCUACUCGUCCUGCUGCUCCUCCCACUUUUGACUCUGUUCUGCCUUUUUGUGUGCCUGUGGAUUUGUCACUGUUCGAUGUUGAUACUCUUGUAUCUCACAUUCAGCGGCUCCCAACGCAUAAAGCUCCUGGUCCAGAUCAUAUUAAAGCUGAGAUGGUCAAGUCCUUGGUCUCUGAGAUUGCUCCGGUGUUGUCUCUGUUGUUCACUCUGUGUUACCAAUGGUCGUAUACUCCUGCUCUCUGGCGCCAAGCCCAAGUUUUCCCCAUUUUUAAGAAAGGCGAUGCUUCUGAUCCCGCCAACUAUAGGCCUAUUUCUCUGACUUCUGUUGUGCGCAAACUGUUUGAGUUCUCUCUCAUGCCUGAACUGGAUGCCCAUUCUCCUGCUCUCGACAUUGCCCAAGGUGGUUUCCGCCCUCAACGUAGUCCUCUGGAUCAAGCCCUCUGCUUGCAUGACUUGAUGCAUGAUUACUUUGUUGCGCACCGUCGUCGUCCUUGUGGAAUUUGA